AUGUCCUCCACAAUAGGUCUCCAAGGCCGCCUGAAAGAGCUCUCCACUGCCCUAGGCCAGAUCCAACCUCUUGUUAACCGAUUACGCGAUUUUACGACUUCCAUUGGACAGGGAGAUGAGGCGCGCCUCGAGCUUGGGAGCGAGAUACACUCUCGGUUGAAGGAUGCCGAGCAGGAGUUGGAGUUAUUGCGGGUUGAUGUUGAGGCACUGGAAACUGGCACCGAUAGCAGGCGGAAGGCUUCGGUCUCUCAGGGCGAGAAGGAUGCUGAAAGGGAGCGGGUUGCUGCCAUGGCGGGGCGGUUGGCUGAGGAGCUUAAGAGAACGCGAGGCGACUUCCGAAAUGCACAGUUGCAAGCGAAGCGGAAUGCAGAGCUCGCUAAGCGGAAAGAGAGAGAGUUGCUGCUAUCGCGGUCCACGACUUCUGAGAAAAAGCAGACGACUGAAAGAUUCACGCAAGAUGAUCUUGUUCUCAAUGCUUCGAAUGAUGUGACAUCUGCUCUGCGCAGAACUCAUCAACUUAUGCAGGCGGAGCUUUCUCGCAGUGCAUUUGCUCAGGAAACCCUUGAACAAUCUACAGUUGCUAUCAACUCUCUGUCCGAGUCCUACAGCGGUCUCGAUACUCUUCUCUCGUCAUCCCGCAGCCUUGCUAAUUCUCUUCUUCGCUCCCAAAAAUCCGAUACCUGGUAUCUUGAGACUGCAUUUUAUGUUCUUGUUGGAACUAUCGCAUGGCUUAUCUUCCGACGUGUCCUAUAUGGGCCUCUUUGGUGGCUCCUAUGGCUCCCCUUGAAGCUCAUUGCUCGUGUUGUGCUUGCAGCUCUAGGUGUGGCUGGAUUGUCUAGCACAGCAGUGCAGUCAUCUACCGAUUCACUUUCUGGUGAUAUCUCGUCCGUUAUUCAUGAGACAGCUACGGCUGUUGUGGGAGGCACUGUGACAUCCACUGCUGCAUGGGAAGAACCGUCAGUACCAGUUGACAGUGACCGCGUGAUUGAUGAGAUCGGUCGUAUUGUUGAAGAAGCCAAAGAGAAAGGCGGAAUUGAUGAUAUAACCCUCGAGGAGAGGGAAAGGCAAGAAGCACUUCCUCGGAAUACGAAGAAGAGGAUGUAUGAGGAUGAACCGGUGCGGGAUGAGCUAUAG